AUGACGUAAUAUGUCAUAAUAUAUUGAAUCACGAUAAAAAAGCCACCUCGAUUGAAAUAAUUUAUAAUUGUAGUGUUUUUAGGGUUUUGUAAAUAAUUUAAUCAUGGCGUCCUAUAACGAUACUCCAGAUAUUAUGAAUGUGAAACAAAUAAUAGAAUUCGCCUUUGGUGAUUUGCAGGGAAAUGCUGUGAAUUUUAAGCUUAUUCAGACAGUUCUAUUCCUGCUUGCCAGACAUAUGAGAUUACUAGAGAGACGUGUUGAGGUUGAAUUAGGUGCUUUUACUGUGACACCCACUGCCUCUACCUUGUCUGUUACUGAAGUCAAAAUACAUGCUACGCAAAAGAAGAGAAGGAAACCAAAAGAUCAACUCGGGAAAAUUGGUGACGGGGCUGGUAGAGCUACUGAGGUCGAUGGUGAAGCUGAAAGUGGUGGAGGUAAAAGAGGUGCUAAAGGAAAGAAAGGGGUCCGAUCUCCAGGCGUACCAUCUGAAUCAGAAAAAACAUCCUCAGAUAAAACAUCGACAGAAAAGACGUCUUCUGAUAAAGCAUCUUCCGAGAAAGCAUCAUCAGAGAAAGCAUCAUCAGAGAAAGCGUCAUCAGAUAAAGCGUCAUCAGAUAAAACAUCUACUUAUAAAACAGUCGCGUCAGAUAAAACAACAACUGACAAAACAACCUCAUCUGGUAAAACUUCAGGUGAUAAAGCUUCACCUGGAAAAGCAACUACGUCGGAUAAAACUUCAACUGAUAAGACAACUACCUCCACGGACAAAACUGCUAGUGGGAAAGGAUCCUCAGAUAAAACGACAUCAUCAUCCGGAAAAGAUAAGUCGACUUCUAAAUCAUCUUCUGGAAAAUCUGGACAGAGGGCUAUACCUGAAGAGCAAACGCCAAGAGGUAAAUCUAAGGGUGGAACCAGUGAUGAUACUAAAAGCGGACGAAAGAAGUCAGGGUCUUACGUUACUCUUCUGGACGCCGCAAUAGAGCAGAGGGAAAGGGAGCUGCGUGUUAUUCAGCAGAAAACGGAUUCUUUCGCCGAAACAAUUGGUUCCCCAACCCCAAUGGCUUCAAUUACUUCUAGCGAAACACGAUUUGAAAAGAUACUAGUUGUUGAAAGAGUACCGAGUUCUGAAGCAGGAGCAGAUGGUCAAAGACGCACUCCUCAGAUAUCAGUGGUAACGCAAGAACAAUUUGAGAAAGUAGCAGAAGAUGUGCGAGAAAUUCAAAGGAAGCUUUUACCGGUGGGGACCGCUACGUUUCCUGAACAUGCUGAACUUAUGGAGCAACUGCGCAAAGGCGCUUCACUCACAGAUGCUAUGGCAGCAUUACAAUUGUCUGCUCGCCUAGAAGCCACAGAAAAAGCAUUAGCGCAAAUGAUUUCAAUGGUCACUGACUUAGCAAGACAAACACCAGGGGUCAAAUUAGAUAGUCAAACUCAAGUUCUAUUUGAAUCACCGAUAGUUCCUUUUGAUACCGCUGCAGCUUGGCAGAAAAAGGCUGAGGCAGGAGGUGGUGGAGGCCCAGGCGGUGUUGGAGGCCCCGGGGCAGUUGGAGGUCCCGGAGGUGGCUUCGGCCCUGGAGGUGGUGGUGGUCCUGGAGUUGUUGGUGUCCCAGGGGGCAUGGGUGGUCCUGGGGGCGUUGGUGUAGGUCCUGAAAGUGUGGCAGGUGGUGGAAGACCUGGUAGUGGAGGACCUGGUGAUGGAGGACGAGGUGGUAAAGGUCGUGGUGGUAAAGGACGUGGUGGGAACCUGGAACCUGGAGGGAUCUGGUGGCAAUGGAUGGAACCUGGUGUGGAGGGAGGACCUGGUGUGGAGGUGGGUGCUGGGGACCUGGUGUGGAAGGACCUGGUGGGAGUGGAGGGGAGGGAGGAAGGUGUGGGGGUGGUGGUGGGGAGUGCUGGAGGAGCCUGGUGCUGGGGACCUGUGGAGGUCCUGCAGGUGGUGGAGGGGUCCUGGGGGGAGUGGUGGGGUUCUGGAGGUGGUGGAGGACCUGGAGGUCCUGGGGUCCUGGAGGUCCUGGGGUGGAGUCCCAGUGGAAUGGAGGUGGAGGGGUCCUGGAGGUCCUGGAGGGGCCUGGAGGUGGGGGGGGUGGAGGCCCGGAGGGGUGGGGGGUGGGGGAAUGGAGGACCUGGAGGCCCUGGUGGUCCUUGGGUUGGAGGGGGCCCUGGAGGUGGUGGAGGACCUGGAGGCCCCGGAGGCCCUGGUGGUCCUUGGGGGAGGGGCCCUGGAGGUGGUGGAGGACCUGGAGGCCCCGGAGGCCCUGGUGGUCCUUGGGUUGGAGGGGGCCCUGGAGGUGGUGGAGGACCUGGAGGUCCCGGAGGCCCUGGUGGUCCUUGGGUUGGAGGGGGCCCUGGAGGUGGUGGAGGACCUGGAGGUCCCGAAAGCCCUGGUGGUCCUUGGGAUGGUGUGGGUCCCGGUGGUCCUGAAGGUCCUGGGGGUCCAUGGGGUGGUGGAGGCUAUAUGGAUGAUGGCUCUUCUGCUAUUGGCGGCGGAACAUCAGAGGAUGGUGCAACUCCAGCUGAUGAAACUACAGGACGUGCUGGCCGUGGACAGAAAGGGGCAGGUGGUGCAAAAGGACGCAAAUCUGCUUCUAAAUCACAAGAUUCGAAGAGUACGAGGAGUAAAUCUUCGAGCGCGCCCGGUCCUAAUGCUGGUGCCGAUGAUACUGGUAUUGUACAAGGACCACCCGUGUCUGCACCGGGCAUAACGAUGACAGAAAAAGCCACUGACUCUAUUGAAGCUACCCCGUCUAGCGUAGGAGCAGAGAGUGCCCCCGCAUACGCUAUGAAACCUGAUUACAUAACUUACGACGAUUUAGAUGCUGCGGCUCGACAAUUGCGUGAAACCUUAUUGAAUAAUUUGUCGUCGUUUACUGCAAAAACUACCGCUAACGCCGAAAGUGCUUAUAAGUUAGCAAUGAAAUUAGACAACAAGAUUGAGAGCGUUUUAGGCAAUGCUUCUCGUAUGACUGACUUGGAAAAUAUGGUGAUGCAGUACGCCGAUCAGAUAAAUUCACUGGACACCGGGCUUUCGUCUCAGAUGACCAACUACCAGGAACAAUUAACUCAAAUGCAACAUGAUUUGGAAAUAGGGUUGGAAACUAUGGCUGAAGUUCUAGGCAACUCAGGUGGAGACACUGUGGCGAUGGCCGAGCUAAAUUCACAUUUCACAAGCCUUCAAAUGGACUUCGAAAAUAUGUUGUACCGACAACGAGACUUGAGAGAUGCCCAACAAUCCAUAGCAUGUGACCUUGAGGGGUUGUGGAAAGAAAUUGAAAUGUUAAGGGAUAUUAAAUCCGAUCGUGAAGAGGUAGCAGAUGCUCUUCGCGAUAAGGCUGGCAUAGGUGAACUUAAUGGACUAGUUUCUUUGCAACAAUUUGAAGCAGUGCGGGGUGACUUCGAAAAGCGUAUUGGUGCAGCUUAUGAUAAAUUCAACAAUCAAGAAAUUGUUUGGCAGAAAGCCAUCGAUGACCUUCUAAGAGAUCUGAGUGAAAAGGCAGACAUAGUUCAAGUAGAAAGUCUAAGAAGAGAAAUUAAGAGGUACCUCGACAUAAUGAAGGAGCGAAUGCAAUUUAUAAUAGAUAUUGUUGGAGAACCGAAAAGUGCGAUGCUUUCCAAGAAACUAUUUCGAAACACUGCGUGUCUAUCAUGUGGCAGUCCAGCGCACAUGGACACAGAAGCCCCAGUUUCUAUUCCAGCAUUGCCAAAGUUACAUUCGGCCAGACAGCCAGCUGAGGGUGCGGAGGCUGAAUCCAAAUCUAAAGGAGGUGGCGAUCACGGAAUUUGCUAUCCUAAUUUGCCUAUACCACAUCUACGAGACCCUAGGUCACAUGUGUGUCACCGAUACUGCGGUGGUUCUCAUACAGUUAUUACUGAAGGACCGAGCCGAGCUCCUCCUGGCAUGGUUAUUCAACAACCCUGUAAACCUGGCAGUACCGAAGCUGGGACUGAUGGAAAAAUGUACAUGGUUGACGAACCAAUCGAAAAGAUACCAUGUUUGCCUUGCAAUAAGCCGAAGCCCAUACCGAGCUUUAAAGAAAAGCACGAAGAGCUUAAGACUGAAGUUGUAACAACAGAGCCCGGACCUACACAAGAUGUUGAAACGAAUAAUGUGACUGAUGUUAUGCCUGAAGUCGUGACAACAGAACCUGGACCUACACAGGAUGUUGAAACGAAUAAUGUGUAAUUUUUUAAUCUAUUUCAUAAUAAUUUUUGGUUGAAUAAAAACGUUACUUUAUA